AUGGCGUUGCAAGCCAGUAGUCCACUCACUGCUUUCUUCCUGCUUGUCUUGCUGACGAUUGUCGCGCUGCCUGGCAAAGCAGAUGCCUUUGGCGCUGGGAACAUCGCUUCGAUGUCCAUGGUCGAAGGCAAGAACUGGCGCCACGGAGAUAUCGAAGACACCAUCAAAGCGCUCGCUUUUAUCCAGGGACACAAAUGGACGUCCUCCAUGAUCAGUCGCGUCUACUUUGGCAACUGGCUGCGAGAUUACUCUCAAGCCAUGGAUGUCGGCACCCUCAAGAGUCUGCAAGCGGACACGAUCCGAGUUUUGGUCUGGAUCCUCUCGUUCAUGACCUUUGGCUAUGCAACGGCCGAAUUUGAAGUUACUGCAGACAGGCUUGGCGUGUAUCGUCCUGAAGAACAUAUCGAUAACCCCAAGGAUUACGCUGAUAAUCAAGACGCCAGGCAGUAUGACAAGCGUCUGCGUCCACCUGUGCGCCAAAUUGAGCUUGACAUAGAUCCCGAAACGGGCAUGAAGAAUUACAUUGCAAAUGAAAAGGGGGACUGGGCCACAAGUGCUGCAUACGUCAAGUACAGCAUAUCUCGAAGCAUUCAUUACGGCAGAUUGUACACGAGCGGUGGCCACAACAAGGGCAAAGAAGAAGAUCUCCACGAAGCUCUCAGGUGCCUUGGGCAGGGCCUCCACACUCUCGAGGAUUUCGGCGCUCACUCCAACUACUGUGAACUAGUCCUCCGCGAAAUGGGCUUUCACAAUGUAUUCCCUCAUGUUGGUUCUGCCACUCAAAUCAAUCUCCGUGGACACCGUGUUUUCCCGCUGGUGACAGGCACUUUUGGAAUGGUGGAUUUCUUUCAUUCUGUUCUCGGCGAGGCAAAUGACCAUUUCACACAGUCAGAACUAACCCAGGCCGACGAUACGCUGCUCGGGUCUGAGUCAGGCCAGCAGUCUUCUUCCUUCAACACAUUGACAGGCCUGUUGGGGAAGAUCCCCGGCACAAAGGAACUUGUCACGGAGGCUGAGGAGCUGAGACAGCGCUCAGAUCUACAAGCCGAGUCAAACCGCAGUCAGCAUGUCGAUACGGGCUACGCCAGCACUGCUUUUGAGCAACCCAGAGGGUCCUUUAGACCCGACGGCGAAUUCGAGACGAGCCGAGUACAAGGCCUGCCAGACAUCGACCCGCAAAAGACUGUGGCACAAAUCUAUCCCAUCCUCCAAUUCAGAGACAAAGUCGUACGUCGCAUCAGCUCCAUAGUGGAAAAGAUUCCCGGCCUCGAAAAGAUAGUCGACAAAAUUACGGAGACCGUGACACUAUUCGCAUUCUCCCUUUUGGCGCCUUUCAUCCGGCCCCUGAUCAACGUAGCGUCUAAAUCGCUGCAGACCGGGUCAAUGAGCGUCAUUCAAGCGUCGGGGAACCAUCAAUAUGAAGUCUGGGAUGAUCUGCAUUGCACGGAUCCUACCCAUUCCAUGCUUUCCAAGGAUCAUUUUGCGAACCUUCUCAACGAGCCAGCGGGCAAUGUUGCGGCGGCGAUUGUGAGAUAUGUCGUGCCUCGCGUCUUGUAUGCAUGGCAACAUAUUGAUGUCUCUGUCGAUCAGGUAUCGGAUGAUUGCGUGCGUGUCUUUCACCAUCCUACCUGCAGAGAUAUGCGCAAUGAAGAGCAUAGCACGAUGUUUGCAGCGGUGCAAGAUUGGGUUCAUUCGCGGCCUGACCGUGGUCGGAAUUUGGACGAUGUACUAAGUGCGCAGAGUGUGAGAGCAGGAAGAAACUUGAGGGAAGAUUCUUCCUCUUCUUCUGCAGGCCAAUCUCACGGCCAUUCUCACGGCGGUGGUGGGUUUCCUGCUAUUAACGGUGGCCUCUUUGGCGCCACUCCUUCAUCUCAUCAAACCCAACAGUCCCAUUCCCAGUACCACAAUUUCCUACCUGGUAGUAAUACAUCGGCAUCCUCAUCCUCAAUCCCCUGGAACGAGAUACAAAAACUACCCAUCCCUGGCCUUUCCAGCGUCAGCAGCGUCGCUAAUAAGCUAGGGGGAUUCUCCAAUCUUCUUUCCGGGGGCCUAAGUCGUGAUAAUCCAGAAGAAGCGUUACAGGAAACCAGUCAUGGUAAUUUGCAUGGAUAUGGGCAAGAUGGAGGUGUAUACCAGGCAUCAGAGGACGGUACUGCCCAUGGAUACUACGGACACGGCCAUAGCCAUAGCCAUCACGGUCACGAUCGACACUACCAUGGCCAUUAG